UAGACAACACAGUAUUCGCUCGCGUCUUUCCCGGCGAGGUCGAAGCAGCGCGUAGAGCCGUGCGUUCACCAGAUUGUGCGGAAAUGGCACGAUACGUCGAGGACGUGUACUAUGAAACUGCUAUUAGAUUGGUGCACGAGGCUGCCCAGAUUCUCCGAGAUUCCAUCAACAACCAGAAAAAUAUCGACCAGAAAUUGGGCGAUUGGGAUCUCGUUACCGAGUAUGAUCGGAAAAUAGAGAACGUUGUCAUCAGCAAACUCAAACGCGCGUUUCCAGACCACUGCUUUAUCGCUGAGGAAUCAACUGGAAAAGAUUUACCGGAAUUAACUGACACCCCUACGUGGAUCAUAGAUCCUAUCGAUGGUACAGUCAACUUUAUCCACGGAUUCCCGCACACGUGUGUGGUCGUCGGUUUAGCUGUCAGAAAACAGAUGGUCCUUGGUAUCGUGUAUAAUCCCAUCCUCGAGCAAUUGUUCACGGCUAGAAAAGGACGUGGCGCAUUUCUGAAUGGGAAACCAAUCCAUGUGUCCCAAAUUCAAGACUUGUCGAACGCUCUAGUGUGCAUGGAAUCUGGCUUCAUGAAAAUCGAUGAUCUACGGGAGAAAACGGUAGAAAGAGUCCAAGCUGUCGUCAAAGCGGCUCAGGGCAUUCGCACUCUCGGAGUAGCGGCAUUAACGUUAUGUUACAUCGCAUUGGGAAUUGUGGAGGCCUAUUACAUCGAGGGUCCCGGUAUCUCAACGUGGGAUAUAGCCGCAGCAUCGCUCAUCAUCUCGGAAGCAGGAGGGGUCGUCGUAGAUCGCAUAACAGGCGAGCCAAUCGACAUCAUGAAACCGCGAGCAGUAGCUGCGUGCAAUCAGAAGAUCGCUCACGAUAUUGUGAGAAUAAUUCGCGAAGCCGAUCAACGAGUAGAUAUAAGAGCAAAAUAACAACAUUAAUAAUUUUAAGAUGUACGCAUUGAGAUUAAAUGAUUUCAUCAUGCUCGAACCGCACAAGUAUAAUAUUCGUAUAUUUUGAGUUACAUUAUGAAAGAAAAUUAUAUCAUCUUUGCGAAUCGAAUAAGAGUACCUGUGUAUUUUAUCUUCCUCAUGUUUACUCGGUAAUAAUUUAAGAUUGAGAUCUUAUAAAGCGCUCUAAUAAAGCAGUUUACGUGCAAUAUGAAU